CAUAAAUACCGUAUAAAAUAUAAACGAAUCGUUAUAAUAUACUUUAAAGUAAAUAUAAAUCAAUAAAGCGUGAUAAAAAGUCAGUUAAAUGUAAAAAGUGAAAAAAAAAGGCCGUCGUAAUUUGUAAUCUGUGAAUUAUGGUAUGUGACGAAAAAUAUUCGAAUUUGGAAUACGUCGAAAUGGGUUGCGAAUUUGUGUAAAAUGAAUGAGUUAGGUCGCGGGUACGCCCGCAUUGAAGCAAUGCGUGGUGCUCGAGGGGAGCCCAUGGGCAGUGUCCCGGAGCCCAGCCCACCACCUCCAGAUAAAUAUAACUCCGUUUAUUUUACGCUGUUUGUCUCCGGUGCUGCUUUCUUACUACCAUUUAACAGUUUCAUAAUGGCAGUAGAUUACUUCCAACAUCACUACCCAAAUUCGACGAUAAUGUUUGAUAUGUCGACUGUUUACAUCGCGUCUGCUUGUGUCGCUGUCGUCAUAAAUAAUCUGUUGCUAGAUCUAUUCACUUACAACACUAGGAUAACAUUUGGUAUACUAUUGUCCCUAGCAACGAUGAUAUUCGUCGCGGUGUGCAACAUAGGAUGGGAUGGUUUUCCCAAUAAUGUGUCCUACACGAUCAACUUGAUUGCAAUCGGAGUUGUCGCUUUCGGUUGCACUGUACAGCAAGCCUCCUAUUAUGGCUUCACAGGAUGUCUUCCUCCAAGAUAUACCCAGGCUGUUAUGGCUGGCGAAAGCGCGGCUGGUUUCUGGGUGUCUUUGGACAGAAUUAUGACGAAGUUCGAAUUCAGUGAACCUCAACGAAGUACAUUUAUGUUCUUCACAUUCUCCAUACUCAUACUGUUGGGUCACUCGGUGCUCCAUCACUUGAUGAUGCGGCAUCCUCUUGUUCUACAUUACCUACGGCUCACUGUGGAGUCCCGUCACAGGCGACGUAUUCAGCUUCAUUUAAAUCCUACAGAAGAUGCUACUUUGAUGGAGAGUGAGGCUGGUGAGGCAACUUACGGUGUGUUAAAAUUACAAAGUCCUGCUCCUUCAAAUACAGGUGAAACAGAUAACGCUUUCAGUUUUGCUAACCCCGUAUACUCACCAACUGCGAGUGGCCCAGAACCUAGAGGCUCUGGUGGAGAAGCUAAAGCUUCACCACCUCCAAGUGCUUCUCAACCUUCAGCUUCCCCUUCCGCGCUGCAAACCCCAAGGCCCUCAUACAAAGUUGAAGAUGUUGUAUUCGAACCACCAGACCGACCUACCUCAUGGAGGAGCUUUAAACGUAGCGUGCAGGCACGAUGGUCAGUUGCAAGAGCGAUCUACCCAUACAUGGUUUCCAUUGGUCUGGUCUACUUCACCACACUGAGUUUAUAUCCCGGAAUUGCAUCGGAGGUACCUUCAUGUCGCCUGGGGUCUUGGAUGGCUAUUGUUCUGAUGUCAUCUUUCAAUUUCUUUGACUUAAUAGGAAAGUUUGCAGCGGCAUGGCCUUACGAGUGGAGUCGCAGCCAGCUACUGAUGGCCAGUGGUCUGCGACUGCUGCUAGUUCCUUUACUUCUACUAUGUGCAGCACCUCGGCAUUCACCUCACAUUAUUGGAGACAUUUACCCAAUUAUGUUCUCCGUCAUAUUGGGCUUUUCCAACGGCUUGUUUGGAUCUGUUCCGAUGAUAAUGGCUCCUUCUCGAGUUGGGAGAGAACACCGCGAAAUAGCUGGUAACAUGAUGACGCUUUCUUACAAUGGUGGAUUAUUAUCUGGUACUCUUGUAUCGUACUUGCUUCUUAACAUGCUGGGACCGCCAACCGGAUCACCAUGUCGGAUAUACCCCACUCCGCCUUUACCAACAUUACCACCUAUUAUUACUACACCAUCUAACAUUAGUUUUAUUACAACGCCACAUUAAAUAAUGGCUCUAUGGUACACAGAAAACACCACAGUCAAGAAACAACAGAAGCCAAGAGAUAGAUACCAAAAUUCGACGUGGCUAUGUUUGGUAUUGGAAUUUUAUAUUGAAAUUGGAAUCACCAUUAAUUUUUAUUGUAUAUCCAAGGAAUACAUAAAUAAGGAUAGAAAUCCCGCGUGAUAACCUUUAUACUGCACAGAUUAUGUGAGAUAUAGGGUCAGAAGAAGUUAAAGCAUCACACAUUGAUUUUUUGUUAUCGCUUCAAAGGUUGUCGAAUUUUGACUAUCGAAUAGAAAUGUCUUCAAUUUAACUACGAAUAUACCUUGUAUGCUAUAUUAAUUAACUGCACUAUAAAAAUUGUAAAUAAAGUCGAGCGUUAAACACCUAAGAUAGUUUAGAAAUUAAUAUAAGUAUGUAUUUAAGUUGAUUACAGUUAUCAUAGAAAUAUCAGUUAUUAACAUUUUAACCGUAAAUUAUUUCGU